AUGGAAAGUCCACACGAACAUCAGCAGGCUCUGCUGCUCCAGCGGAUCAUCAACAACAUUGUAUAUUAUCAACGAUGGAUCUUGCUCGGCAUGCCAUUAUUAACGAAUAUUCAGGAGAAACUCAACGAGUCGGUCAUGGUGAUGAACAAGAGUCUCCAAGAGGUCAAUAUCCAGAACAUGAACGUCGAGCUUGUUGCGCAGAUGUUCAAGAACUACCAGUCCAAUGUCCUUUUCCAUCUUGAAGCCACGGAGAAUUUCAAGGAGUCAUCUUAA